AUGGCUGCCCACACUGUGCUUCUUGACUUCACAGUUGCAUCAACUGUAAUAGCAGAUGUGGAGAAACGUUCCAAUCUAAAAUUAGCAAUUGCUAAUGUACUACAGGAACAUUUUGAUGGUUUGAAGCCAUUAACUGAAUCCAAUAUUGAUGGAAGCUUUUUAGUCCUCUACACUGGUCCCAAAGGUAGUCUAAUUACAGUUCGGGGAUAUACUGAAGGCUUAGUCACUGUUAACGUUGAAUAUUAUAAGAGAGAUGAAGAGGAAGCACUCUUGGAUUAUGAGUUGGCCAGAGAAUUGGAAACGGCGUUGCAGGCGGCAGCAGCCUCUACGCGUUCGCACUCACUUUCACCAAUUAUACGCGGCGGACCUUUUGAGAGAUACUUUCCUACCGCCGAUGACAGACUACUUGAAUAUGACAUAGAUAAGUUGGUCUUUGAAGCACGUUCUCCAUAUCAAAAAGUGCAAAUUAUCCACUCAAAAUCACUGGGAAAUUUGUUAAUUCUUGAUGAAUUACAAAAUAUAUCUGAAGCAGAUCUGAUAUAUACAGAGACUUUGAUGCAACGUGGGAAAGAGAGUUAUGCUGGCAAAGAAAUAGUUAUUUUAGGAGGAGGAGAUGGUGGCUUACUUUGGGAGUUAUUAAAGGAGAAGCCAAAAUUUGUUACUAUGCUAGAAAUUGAUGAUGUUGUAAUAAAAGCUUGCAGUCAGCAUAUGAGAAGCAUAUGUGGAGAUUGUUUGGAUAAAAGAAAGGGAGAAAAUUAUGAAAUUAUUGUUGGCGAUUGUGUGCAAGCUUUGGUACAAAUGAUUGAGGAAGGCCGACAGUUUGAUUACGUCUUCGGUGACCUUACGGACAUACCAAUUAGUCCCACUCCUCAUGGUGAUGCAUGGGAUUUCAUUAGACUAAUAUUAAACUCUUCAAUGAAAGUUUUAAAACCGACAGGAAAAUAUAUGACACAUGGAAAUGGAGCAUCUUGUCCUCAAUCACUACAGAUGUAUGAACAGGUUCUUUCACAGCUUUGUGUAUCAGUAACUUUUACCAAAUAUAGUGCUUUUGUACCAUCCUUCUUCGAAGAUUGGGUCUUCUACCAAGUAUCGUUGAAAUGAUGGAUUAAACCUAUAACCGUGAGGUUUCAAGGGAGGUAUAUUUACAAUCCACCUUCUCCCUUAUGACCCAGAUUCGACCCUAGUCGCAGAUUUUUUGUUAACAAAUCGGUUCCUGAAAAAAACGAUCCCGAUGCUGGACAUGAAAUCCCAGUUGACACUAC